UGCUAUAUGGAGCUUUUCCACCUGUCUUCAUCUACUUUGACACAGGCUCGCGUUAUUGGCUGGCUGCGAGUCGGAUUCUGCUCUUCUGAGUCCGUCAGUGAGAACAUUACGCGCUUCGAGUUUCUGCUCUCCUCUUCGCGCGAAGACUAUGCGCUCACUUGUCAGCUGUGGAGGGUGCACAAAUGGCCAACCACAGUCACUGCGGAGUCUACUCGAGACCUCCUGAAGCUACAGUUCUUCCUGGUUUCCAAUCAUACCUUGAUGGCUGGCGGUCCAACUAUUGUGGUAGAUGAUUGCGGGGGAAACAGAGCUGGGAUCUUCUGUGCCGUCAAUUUCUUGAUAAACCAGUUCACUCUAGCAGGCGUUAUCGACGCCUACUUCAUCGUCAAAAUGCUCCACUUGCAACGUGCCAAAAUAUUUCAUUCUUAUGAAGAUCUAGACUACAUCUACUUGGUGCUCGAACAAUUCCUGGCUGACCUGCAACAGGAUGACGUCACCGAGGCCUACGCGGCAGGUUACGCCAAUUUGGGUGUUGGUAUCUUCAACAGUACCUCUCCAUCCGCCAAUCCCUUCGUUUUAAACAAAUCAACCCACACGAACCGUUCAGCGAACUCCUUUGAACGGGCGCCACACUGUAGCGGCGGCGGUGGUGCUGGUGGCAGUGCCGGCGCAGGUGACCUGGUCUCCCCGUCUCAGCCAACCACCGACGACAGGGACAGUCUCAUCACAGCAGGGGACUGUCAUCCGGACCUGGCGGCUCUCCAGAAACUGCCAGACAGCCACCUGACCAAUACUAACUACGCCAAAACCAAUGGCACUGUCGCCUUCCAGCGCAUUCCCUCCUACCAUACGGCGGGUGGACAUAUCAAUUGCAAAACUGACGACAGAGGAGUUCACAAGAACGCCGCCUACCUCGCAACACUGCUGCCCCCACCGCCCAACCAUGUGGGCUGGAUACCCACCACCACUGCCGCCGCCCGCCGAGGUUGUCGUUUCCGCCUCUGGUCAUCUUUUAUAUCAGAGCAGUUGUGUGUAUGCGUGUGGGUGUGUGUGCGUGUGUGUGUCUACUUCCCGGAACUGAGCUCUACCCACCGCGCCCUUAUCUACACUGUUCACGUAGAGGACUGUCAUUUAAAACCCGAAUUAUGA